UUUCAGUGCGCUGUUGUCGCUGCGGUUGGCGCGUCGCUGAAAACAAUUCUCUUGUCCACUGUGCAACGUGUUCUUGCAGUUGUUGUUGUUGUUGUUGUUUUUGUUGCUGUUGUUGCUGUUGUGCAUUUUGGUAACUGUUCAAAACAAAUUAGCUGGGUCCUGCGCGCGUGUAUCCCUGUGUGUGUGCCCGUAUGCCCGUGUGUGUCUCUGUGUGUGUGUGUGUGCAAUCAGCCUUUGCGGCAUCGCGGCAAACGUCAGCAACAUGACCUAAUUUUCAAAGGCGUCCGCCUCAGCCUUUAGCCAGGACAACAACCCACAAAAGCAAAUUAAUCACAAGAAAAGAAAAAGAAAAAAAAACAAACCCGAAAGAUAUAUUGAUAUACACAUAGACAACUGGCCAUUUGGCGCUUGACUGGCUUCCGCCCUGCGCGCUAUUUGGCUGCCCGUUUUCAAUUAGCCGUCGCACCCCCCCCCCUCGCCCCUCGCCCCUUGCCGCUGGCCGCUGUCCGCUGCCCACGCACCUGGCGACAUGGAGCUGGUCUGCUAUGUGGCGCUCGGCUGCCUGCUGGCGCUGGUCCUGCUCUACGGCCUGCUGGAGCUGCACUAUUUCCUGCGCAUGUGCCUCUGCGUGCUGCUGGCGCGGUUCGUCAAGCGACGCUGCCACAUCCUGGAGACGACCACCGUGAACGGUCUGUGUCUGACCAACGAUGUGGACACCCUGCUCUACCAUAUGAACAAUGCGCGCUAUUUCCGGGAGCUGGACUUUGCCCGCGUUGAUUUCUAUGAGCGCACCAAGCUGUAUCGCACCAUAACCAGGCUGGGCGGAUCGGUGUUUCAGGGCGCGGCCACCAUACGGUAUCGUCGCUUUAUACGGCCCUUUCAUCGCUUCAAGAUCAUCUCCAGGAUCAUCUACUGGGACGAGCAGUCGCUGUUCAUGGAGCAUCGGUUUGUGCGUCCCGCGGAUCAGUUUAUCCACUGCAUCGUCAUCUGCCGGCAGCGGGUCAUCGAUGUCUCCAUGGACAGCGUGAUGGCCGAAUUGCUGCCCAAGACGGCAGCGACGCCGCUGCAGGCGUCGCGGCACACGCUCAGCUCCACGGCCAGCCUGCAGCCGGCGGGCAUGGCCCAGGCCCAGGCGAUGCAGCUGCCGCAGACCACGCUCGAGGCGGCCCAGGCCGAGAACGGACAUGUCGCAACGUCCACGUCCACGACGACGACGACGACGGCGGCGUACAGUGUCAAGCUGAAGCCGCCGCUGCCGCCGGAGCUGUGCAAGUGGAUCGAGUACAACGACAUGUCCAGCAAGAAUCUGCGUAGCGGCUGCUGACCGACUGCAUCCUCUCCCGCAACUCAACUCAACUCAACUCAUACGCCAUGGACACUGCGGUACUCGAGCACGGCAUUCCGUUUCCGCUUAAACAUUUCCUAACUUCUUCUUCUACUCUCUCUUUUUUUUUUUCUUAAAUAGUUUUUUUUUUAAUCCUAGCCUUAAGUCGGUCUGAACCUGAAUCUGAAUCUGUUUGGCUUAGCCCUAAGUGCACACUAGACGAAUCAAUGUAAUCUCAGCAUCCACAGCUACUAACCCAUAAUUACUUAAUGUGUGUGUGUGCCAGUGUGUGUGUGUGUCAGUGUGUGUGUGUGUGUGUGCGCUAGUCUAGUAAAAAUGUGCUUAGAUCUACCAACUUGUAAAA